UUGGCUGUGACGUGAGACAGGGGGAGGAGAGUUGUACAAUGAAUCUGCUGAGGACACAUGUUUACAAUGAUGGGAAGAAUGGAGCGACACUGGAGUAUGAGGGACGAUGAACAGCGUGAGUUCUACCAAAAUAACGCGAUAUUUUCUAACUUUAUAGAAAGAACGCGAGACAUUUCCUCAAAGAGUGUUUGUUUCGGUUCUUGCUCUGUACUUUUUUACAUAGUUGGGAAUUGUUUGAAUGAAUCUGAACUGACUGGAGUAUAACUGGAUCAUAUCAGGUCAUCUUGUGUGUUAAGAUUGUCUUUCUGUAUAAUGAAGAGAUGUUUGGUGUGAUAUUUGAAACGUUUCUGUGUUCAGUAAACUUUUGUAUGAAAGUUUCAACGAUUCAACAGCAGGAAACGUUUCCUGACAGCUCUUCAAUACUGGUGAUGCAGGGAGUUGUUGUAUCAUGGAGAUCUUUCUCAUUCCAGCAGGACUUUUCUUAGUUUUUCUACUGAUAUGUGGGUCAGAGCCAUUGUAAAACUGUUGAACAUUGUAAUUGAAGAACCUGAUGUAUUUUGUCUUGCAGAUGGGGCCCCCCCUGAACAAACUUGCAGUAAUAAGGGAGCUAACUGAAGACACCGAGUGACACCAGAAGGGGAAGAUUGGACUGCAGUGUCAGAAGAAAACAAAGAUAUUAAUCAAUUAUCUUAACAACAGCUGGUUUGUUUCUGACUUCACUUAUCUAUUUUAAGCUCUACACACUCUCUCAGUCUCCUUACAGUCUCAGAAAAGACAACAUUAACUGUGGAGAUCCCCUCUCAGGUAUGUCCAGUGUUCGACUGCUGAAAACAACAGAGGAGUCUGUUUUUGGAGCCCAGUCUUCCCAAAGGAUGGCCUCUACUGUGUCUGCUGUACCCCGAGGCGUCUUCGCCCCCGCACCACACCCUCCAGCUGUCUGGCCCCCUCUGGACUUCGCCCUCGGUGCUCUUGCCUGCUGUGCCGCCUGUGUGUUUACCAACCCUCUGGAGGUGGUCAAGACUCGUCUGCAGCUGCAGGGAGAGCUGCGUGCUCGGGGAUCGUAUCAGAGACACUAUCGGGGAGCCCUGCAGGCCUUGUGGGUGGUGGGCCGCACAGAUGGGCUCAGGGGCCUGCAGAAAGGGCUCUCGGUGGGGCUGAUGUACCAGGGUGUGAUGAACGGUGUGAGGCUGGGCUCCUAUUCCUACUGUGAAGCCCUGGGGGUCACCUCUUUGCACGGGGGGAGUCUGUUGUCAGGUGCAGCUGCUGGGGCGCUGGGGGCCUUCAUCGCCUCUCCUGCCUAUCUGGUAAGUUUGGUUCUCCUCAUGCCUCUUUACAUAUAUUCAUUUGAAUAGGAGUCUACCUCUUAUAUCACUUAUAUCUCCUUAAAACUGGUCUGCAGUAUAAAAAGUAAAUUACAGAAAAAAGAAGUCAGGAAUACAACUGCAGCUGAAAUCAUGCAGACAGCAGUUGAUUUAUGCAAAUACAGACAGAAGUGAAAAUACUCUUGAUAUAUGAUAGCAAGACUAUGCAAAUGUAUUUUAAUUGUUAAUGAUUAUAACAGGAAAAACAUCAAGAAUUAUGUUUUGGGAGAGUUGAGGAGAGGCAGAAUGUUAAUAAAGUGGAGAACCAAACCUGAAAAACAACGUCUGCAGUGUACUUGAGCACCCUUAGCAGAGUAAGCAUGUGUAGAAGUCAGAAAUGGAUCAUCUGGGGGAAUUUGCAGACUGAUCAGUUAAACUGUUUUAUACAAAAGAUGGCUAUUACAGUUGUGACUUCUCAUGAAUGCUGUGUACACUGAUGGUACUCAUUAUGAUUUGACUUGUAUGGGAGUUAUCUCACGUCUCUUUUUUUCACUGAAAUGUGCUCUAAGGUGUCUGCUAUUGUGCCCGUCUUUGUUAUGAGCACACAAGGUCAUAAAGUAACAGGAAAUUUGAAUCCUCAGGCACCAUUCAGAGAGUAUGUUUAGAUAGGGUUACUCUUAACUGCACACGUGUUCAAGAAAACCACAAAGAGGAAAUUAACAUCCUCAUGAUAGAUGAGAGGUAAAAGACAAGACAGCUAAUGUGGAAACAUGAUACGUGUGAUUGUCCCAGGCUAGCACGUCAAUUAUGCAAAAGGUUUUAGCGAGAAGUAUAUAAACAACACACAUAUCUGUGAUCAGCUGUGAGCCCAGGUUUGCUGUUGGUCAGCCCCUUACCCUUGAUGAAAACGUGUAACAAAACUGGUUUAGAUCAGCAGCAUAAUACAUCAGUAUGUCAGCUCUUUAAACAGAUCAACUACAGGGUGUUUUAGUUCAAGAUUACACAAUUAUUUACUCAGAACAAAGCUUACACAAGAGAUAUCACGAGUUUCCUCAUAUCAGUCACUUUUAGACAGACUUUGAGCAAUGUUGCUGGAAAUUUCUGCAUUUCACAUUGACGAUGACAUCUCCUCAUGUCAAUGGAGUCUGUGUUUUGUUGCCGUUAUCACUCUGUCUCCCCACUGAGAUAUCGUGUGCAGACAUGACAUUAUGCCCUAAAAACAUUCAUUUAUGGAGUACACUCACUUGAAACUGUUGUUGACAUUGAACCCAAAAUUAGAGCCAUCAGAAUAAUGAAGGGACAAACAAAAGCUAACACAAAUGUCUUCAAUACACUGAAGUCAUGUAGUCAUGUGAGUGUUUUUCCUGAGAUAGACCCUAAAAAUGUGAGUCCAUCAUGGUCCAACAAUAACUCAAUUACUGGUGGCCGUUGACCAAUGAGUCUCGUGCAGCUCAACAUUUCUGCCUGUAGAAGAAAGUCUUUUCCAGCUUCUUUCAAAUGCUCAUCAUUGUGUAAAAAUGCUGGGUAUCUUGAAAUCACAUUGUCUGAAAAAUGAAAUUGCCUAAAGGAAACGAAUUGGCUCAGAUAAAAGAGAAUUAAGCAUUGAAAACAGUAUUGAACAGCGUUGAAAACAUUGAAGGAGAACCAGAAAGCUGAAAACUGGGUCGUAAAUAGCGUCAGCAUUUUGCCUGAACACAAACAGUAACAUGGAAACACAGCAGCUUGAUUUCAAAGGCGUCUCAAAUGUCCUCCGUUUAUUUUUGUCCGGUUGGAAGACCGAUGAGUCAAAGUGACAUUACAUGGGUGUGUGCGGUAAAACCAGGUUAGUGUGAGGUCACACCUAACCUACUUUCAAGUCCAGUUCUUAAAAAGCUGGGGUGCUGAGCAAAAUGUUCAUGAAACAGAAUUCAAAGGUUUGCAAAUCAUCGACAUUUAAGUGUUCUUCAUUAAAGCGGGACAGGAACAUGUUCGACAUUGUGUCGCAUCUCCUCUUCUUUUAAUAACACACUGUCAAACAAGGAGACCAGAGUGAGAUUUUUUCAAUCUUUACUUAGUAGAAUUGCAGCUGGUCAAUAGUUCAGGUCCUCUUUAUCAAAUUUUCAUUUAUUUUUUCUUUUUCUAUUGUCAUGCAUGAGGCAAACUUAUUUUUAUAAACCCCAUUCUGAAUGGAUAUAAGAGAGAAAUGGAAACAUGAAUUUAUAACAAUGAGCAACGAGCCUCUGACUGAUUAAAUUAUAGUAACACAAUAAAGGGUAGGACUAGAUAAGUUUUAUCAACUUCAUCCUACACCUAUCGAACAAAGUAUGAUUAUCUAUGUUGCUACAGAGCUGUCUCUUUAAUUGUUUUUCAGCCAAAGCACAUUGUAUAUUGUAUUUAUUUUGUUUUUCUUUUAACCUGUUUGAAUAAACAAAUAAACUAUCUAAACUAAGAAUUUUAAAUGGCAAUAACAAGUUGAGACGGCCGGUAGACCAGUUUUCUGUCCUGUCCCCUCUACUUCAGAUCCAUGCUGUUAUACGGUGGGUAUGGAAAGUUGUUUUUUUUCCCUCAUCAGUGUACACCCGGCAGCCCAUUUAGACAGAAAAACACAGAAUUAUAGACAUUUUAUUCAAAUUCAUUAAAACUGAAAAUUUAAAGUAUUCAGACCCUUUCUUUUUUGGCAUUUAUUUAACUCCGGUGCUUCUGAUCAUCUUUGAGAUGGUUCACUUUAAUUAGAGUCCAGCUGUGUUUAAUUAAAUUGAUUGGACUUGAUUAGGAAAGACACACACCUGUCUAUAUAAGACCUUACAGCUCACUUUGAAUUACAGAGCAAAUGAGAAUUAUGAGGUUGGAGGAACUUCUCGAAGAGCUCAGAGACAGAACUGUGAUGAGGCUCAGAUCUGGCUGAGGGUACGAAAGAGUUUCUGUUACACUUUAGGUUCCUCGGAGCACAGAGAGGUGAACCUCUUCCUGUCUUUGCUUCUGAGGGUCUCUGAGUUUCCCCUUGUGUACCCAGUCAGACCACCAAUCUGUUGCAAAUGAACUUAGUUGGAAGAUGUUCCUCCAGGUUUUUUUCAGCAUUAUACAACUUUUUCAGUCUUUUUUUUAUCUCCGUCCUAAGUUAAAAAAAAUAUGUUUUGGCGUCAAAUGUAAAAAGAUGGCUGUAUGUUUUUCAUAAUAUAUAUAUUUUUCCCUCUAUUUCACAAGUUGUCUUUGCACGAGUUUUAGUAAAAUGUAGAGUUUUAAAGACUGGCAAACCAUCAAAAGCAGGUUUGAUUAAAGUUUGAAGUGUCCAAAUUUUAUUGGAACUGGGAUUUUAUAUCAAGUUUAAAGCAGCAUAAACAUUAUGAUCACAAAGUUGCUCAGCAAGAGUAAGUUAAAUUUCUAAUAGUUCUGGUAAUUAAUGUGCUUCUUUAAACAGAAAUCUUGUUUUUUUAUGUGUGUUUUGAAAGUAACAUCACUCUCAUAUUUUACCGUCUCUCCUUUUACUGCACCAUGCAGAAAAUAGUCUCUGCAUAUCCAGACUUAAAUACCACACAGAAGCAGUGUUUGUUAUAUCUUCUCUCAGAUGUCAGUCAAUACACAAAAAUCAUUGGAUCUUUUGCGCAGUCAUGGAAAGACAAUAUUGUUUAAUGUCAUGUUUGUGGGGAUCUAGGUCACUGAAUAUAAUGUGCAGGUUGCCGUCACUCCCUUUCACUGAAUGUACAAGACACUGUAUACAGUAUCCAGUGGCUCUUCACUUGUACUUUUGGCAGACAGUGUAGGGCAGACGAAGGUUAUUCAUUAACAAUAUGAGUGUCAAUAGAUAAUCUUGUGCAUGCUCUGCACACUAUUACAUCUUGUACAUGCUGUAAAAUAUGCAACCGCUUUUAUUCGAGGUUUUGUUUUCUCUUUUCAGUUAAAACUAUGUGUCAUGUUUUUUAUGUUAUAGGUGAAGACCCAUCUGCAAGCUCAGAGCAUGGAAGCAAUAGCUGUGGGUCACCAGCAUAACCAUCUGGUAAGGAGGAUAUACAGUGAAUCACAGAAACACAUUAUCGGUUCUCUUAUCUGUUUUAUUUCAUGCCGUGUUUCCAGAUGAUACACCGACCGUUAAAUAUCCAAGUAUUACCAGAGAAGUGUGUUAAAUGUAGCAAAGCUGAAAGUCUCUAUGAUAAGAUGUGAACUUGUGAUAUGUUUGUCGAUCCUAUUAAUAUGUUACAGUACAAACACAGUCCUUAAUGUACAAAAAUCUGCUCCUCUCCCACCCACACUUGUUUUCAUUCAUGCUCUUCUCUGGUGUUUGACAGUCACCUGUUUCACUUCUCUGAUAGUUUAGUUCAACCUGAAAAACAGGAUAUCCUGUUGUUGUUGUUUUUUAGUAUGACUACCUCACACAUGUCAUUUACAAUACAGCUCCACCUAACUUCUACCUGACAGUAAGCCUAAUAAUAAUCCAAACAUUGUCUUCAACAAGCCAAGUAAGAGCAUCUUUAAACAUGUAAUUGAACACGAACUGAAUAUUCCUUUGUUUCCUCAUCCAAGGGGGUGUCGGAUGCCUUUGCUACCAUCUAUAGAAAAGAAGGAGUGAUUGGUCUUUGGAGGGGUGUGAACGGGGCCGUGCCGCGAGUCAUGGUUGGAUCAGCUGCUCAGCUGGCCACCUUCACCUCAGCCAAGGACUGGGUGGCACAUUCCCAGGUAGACGUGGUGAACAGCUGACAUUUUUACAGCGCAUGUAAGACCUGCUGUUGCGUCAAGACUCUGUUUCUGUCUUUCUUAUCAGUGGUUCAGUCCGAACAGCUGGCUCACAGCCCUGAUAGCUGCCAUGGUUAGUGGUGUUGCAGUGGCGGUUACCAUGACACCGUUCGAUGUUAUAAGUACACGCCUUUACAACCAGCCGGUGGAUGAGUCUCAUCGGGUGAGUUCACCGUUAAAUUUAUUCUUUCACACGAGAAUACUGAAAUAUCAAGUGUUUCUGAGCUUUGUUUUUGUCUUCUGUGCCGAUCAGGGGCGUCUGUACCAUGGAUUUUCAGACUGUCUACUGAAAGUGUGCCGGGCUGAGGGCCUGCUGGGGUUGUAUAAAGGAAUGGGCCCCGUCUUCCUGCGCUUGGCCCCGCACACUGUCCUCAGCAUGCUGUUCUGGGAUUUGAUGAGACAACAGACAAUAAAGAACCAGAGCCAAGAACGGAGCUAAAACACACUCAACUACUGCACCUGGUUCUCUGAACUGGACUCCCAGUCGUCCAUCAGUCAAGAGAAGAUUGUAUACAAACCAAAAAUAGGAUUUGAUGUAACACUCUUAUUUAUUUAGUUGCUCAGAGUUAGAUGAGAGGAUUAAUGUCAGUUCUAUUUCUGUUGCAUAUCUAAAGAUAAAAGCAGGUUAGCCUCACUCGGGAUAAAGACGGGUAAACAGGUUUAGUCCAAAGGUUACAGGAAACACUUCCAAGCACCUCUAAGAGCUCACUGACACACACCAUCGAGCGAGUUCAAUCUGUAUCAAACCAAAAGUGUCAAAAUCUUAUUUCUGAAUGACUGACUGCUUUGAUACUUAUUACCUGAUGUUGGUUUCCUCUCACUGCAGUCCACCCUGUAACAAACAAAGGCUAAAUUAUCAUUCAGACAUUUUUAUCUGCAUUAAACAAUAUUUAUAUAAACUGUACAUUUGUCAGUACGAUGAGCUUUUUCCAGUUGUCUUCCAGCAAAAGCUUUAUGGUCAGCCUGAAGCAACAGAAGUAGUAUUGAUCGUCUUAUCUGAUUGUUUGCAAGAAGGUAAAUAAGAGUAUUUAUCGACUCCUCCUUGAAGGGGAUCCUCUGUCUGAAGAAAGGUGCACAAAUCAACGUUGAAGUACUUGAAGAUGGACAAAAGCUGCAGAGACUUUGACAAACAUUCAGGGGUUUCUGUCGGAUUAACACUGAAGCACUUGAAGAUGGACUCGAGCUGCAGAGACUUUGACAAAGAUUUCAGGGGUUUCUCUCAAGUCUGUAAAAUACUAAUUCAUUGAUCAAGUAUCUGACGUGGCCUUCAUACCUCUCAGGAUGAAUGUACAAGUUGAGUGUCAUAAAAGGUCUUCAUGUGAAAAGAUAGAACUGGAGACUGGCUUGUUUUUCAUGGACUUUUUCAGAGGGAAUAAUCUCUGUGUCCGAGUCCGUUUGGCUGCUGUUUUUCAAUUCUUCAAAGUUAAACACGUAACUCUCGUUGCCUUUUCUGUUCGAUGUAAAGAAGGACCUCUGAUGAAAACGCCUUUAGUGACUAACACAUCGAACUACUGGUUCCUUAAGCACAGAAAGCCACUUGAUGUUUUGUUUUACUGUACAGCAACUUAACUUGUUAGUGUUUUAGACGUUUGACUAGAACUAAAUGAUAAUAAAGACUUUUUUGUAUGAAAAUUAGUAA